CGGGAAAAUAAGAGACGCGUGGUUUGACGGGUGGUAUUGAGAGUGAUCAUGACGCGCUGGGCUCGAGCCAACAAUGUUCACAAACACAAACCAGCAGACGCCACCCCGUGGAGCCAGCUAAAAGCGCGCGGCGAUGCUGGUGGGAGCGGGGGUGAGAGGGGUGCAGGGAGAAAGGGACAUGGUAGGCCUUGCAAUCAGCCAAAACAACCCCUCCGCAGGACGCAGCCUGGCGAGGGACGGAAGAAGCCCAACAAGAAGAAGAAGGACUAUGACAAUGUGGACGUGAAUGGCUUCCUGGAGUACCUGCAGCAGACAGGUCAGCCGCUGCCCCGCGGGCCCCCAGGGGCAGCUGGUGUGGAGGAGGGACUGAGGGAGGAGGUGGAGAUAGCGCUGAAGAAGGACAAGAGGCGUGAGGACAGGAGGCUAAAGAGACAGAAGAUCAAGAAGAAUGGCAUGCUGUGCUUUAACUGCAGGAAGCCGGGCCACGGGCUGGCUGACUGCCCGGAGGCGGACAACGACGAGGAGAUGGGGCGGGGCAUCUGCUACCGCUGCGGCUCCACGGAGCACGAGAUCCAGAGGUGCAGGGCCAAAGUGGACCCCGCCGUAGGAGAUUACCCUUACGCCAAAUGCUUCAUAUGCAAUCAGAUGGGCCACCUGUCUAAGUCCUGCCCUGAUAACCCCAAAGGACUGUAUGCAGCAGGGGGAUGCUGUCGGGUGUGCGGUUCUGUGGAACACUUUCAGAAAGACUGCCCAGAGCACCAGGGCUCAGCAAAUGCAGUUACCGUGGGCCGCCUGUCUAACCGCAUGAGUGCCGACCAUGAGGACGUUCACGUUCCGGUCAAGAAGGUGAAGCCCAAGCAGGAGAAGGUGGUCGUUUUCUGAAAAGCAGAUCCUCCCUUGGAAAGAAGAAAGGGAAUUGCAGACAGCCAGAAGGACAGAAAACACUGCAUUUACCUUGCCAAUAACCCUGCAGCUCCUCCAAGACUGUUUCUGUUGGGGAACACUAAAAGCAUAGGCCAUGAACUGAUAAAAGUCUAUAUAUUAAAAAAAAAAAAAAACCCCUUUGGCUGUCAGUGGUGGAGAUGAUUGCAGCUCCUUUCCGGCCCCAGAGAGAGAGCUGGCCAGUCACGGUGGCAGACGGCUAGUGAGAACAACCUAGCGAUACCACCUGCUUCUGCUUCCACCCACUAGGUGGCAGACCACUUCUUAUGGAGCACGCGGCAGUACAAGUUCUUAACCAAAGCAGCCCAGCUCCUCCAGUGAUGAAACGCUUGUGGGGCAGUGGCUUUUCAGGAAUGCCUCCAGCCCAUUCAUCGUUGUACUCUGUUCCAGGGGAGUUUUCGGUUUUGGCUCCUUGCCUUGUCAAAAUGUUUUCUGUGUGCUGUGGAAGACAUUGAUGCAGGCACUCUCCUUUUUCUCCUACACUUCUCAGAGCACCCUGUGACCCCUUUUUAUAGGCUGGUUACAGGCUACAGCCUGCCCCACACCACAGCUGAAGUAUUUUUGUGUGAGUGCAGGUGAAACUACAUUACGCAGCCCUACUAAAUGUA